AUCUGAAGUAUCCAUAAUUUCUGGCGCUUUUUUCACUUCACAGUACCUACAAUAGAUAAUACCAAAUAACACUGCUACAAAAAGGCAAGAUUUAAAUUCCAACCUAAAAUAGGGUCAAUAGGGCAUGUCCAUGUGACGUCACAAAUGAGUUUGACAGUGGCCCUGAGGUAAAACAAAUCAUUUAUUUACAUUCGUGUAGAUUACGCCGGUUAUGUUUUACGCGCUUUUCACAGCUUUUUUACAAGUUUUGGUGUUAUUUUCUUUCAAAAAAGUUAGAGCGGAGUGUUUGUGUUCCAGUCUAUGUGGUGGUUUAUCCAAAAGUUUGCUAGGUUUUCCCAUAAUGGAUUAAAUUCAGGUUUUUUCCAACAAAUAUCAAAACCAAGUGUCUCAAGAAUAAAUAUAUAUGUAUAGUUACUCUAUAUUCAAUCUAUUUUUCUGUCAGAUUAUCUCUUUUAACAACAUUAAUCCAUUUUUCUCUUCUUUCUUGAGCUAACAAAUCAAACCUCCCAUUGUUAUUUAAAAUUGAUGGAAACCUAUGGAAGGAUAUUGUAUCCCUUGCGCCAUACUGCCACAAUUAACAACUAAACAAACUCUAGGCAUGUCCAAGAAACUUCUGGAGUACACAAAAGGUAUUUAUUUUAAAAAAUCUAACUAAAAACUUAAAAAACACUGUAAAUUAUGUCUUUGUUUUACCUCAAGGCGACUGUCAAUAGUGUCAAACUGUCAGAUCGUGUACUUGCCCUAUAGGGAAAAUCAACAACUGCUAAAAACCCUCCAAAAACGUAAUGUCAACAAUUCAAAUAUUAACCAUUAACCGCAAAAUAAAAACCAUUCCCGAGCUGGGUUAAAACCGCAAUUUUGCGGUGAUAAGUAUGACAGUUUACAGCUGAUCCAUGACGUCACGGAGUCAUAACCAAAAGAAAAACCAAAGUCGCAUAAAAGUUGUGGUAAAUACCAAUCCCAACAAACAAAUUAAGAUUUUUCACUGGAUAAGACAAUUUCAAGUUAAAAAAUCACGUGUCUGUCAAAAUUUCGGAGCAAAUCGACGAAAAAGAUGACAAAAACGAACUCGGCCGUAAUAGGCAAAGAGGAACAUUCAAACAAGAUCUAAAAAAGCGUUGUUUUAGAAUGCUAAUUUAUGGAGAGUAUAAAACCAAGUAUGCUUAAAGCAAAAGCCCGCGGAAUCAUAACCUGUGUUGCAAACACCCGACGUCAAACGACACGCUGCCUACGUCAUCGUUGGUUCUUUGGUGUGGUGGGGAGCUUGAGAUUUGAUCUACACAGGCCUUAUCAGGAUAAGCUAUCCUGUAGUAGUAGUUUUUAUUAUCCUUGCUGUCGAACAACCUUGGUUCUUCUAAAUAGUUAUAAGUUGAAAUAGUGAUGUCACAAAUCUGAAAUAUUUAUCAUUCGGUUCAAGUUAGUUCAACACAAAAAAAAGUCCAGAUUUACUUGGAGCAGGUACGGUAUAGCAGAUACAAAUGAAAACGUCUAUCCCCCAUACUCAACGAACAUGUCAGUGCCCGAUUAGUUGUAGUUGUAUUCCUUUCAAGAGUUUAAAACACUAGAGCUACUCGCUUCGGUGUUAGUCGACCCCGAUUUGAAAGGAACAGAUGCGUGGUGCAACAAACACUUUUCGAAAGGAAUAAGCGCGUAACGCCCCGGAGCCGGAGUUGUUCCGGACCUCCUCCUAGGUUUGAAACGAAUACCAAAGAUUACAACUAAUAAUGUCGAUGUCAGAUGUCAUUUCCAGUACAAAUUUUGAAAUUUGAAGAUAUCGUUAGCUUUGGCUUGGCGUGGCUCGUGGCUUCCUGCUUUAACAGUUAAUUCGAUAAUUUGAAAUUUUGUUUGAAUGUACUGAAUAGGUAUAGGUACAACACUAAGAUGUCCAGGCUUCCCAAACCCACCAACAGUACAAAAAUAAGACCAAUUCCUUUGGUGAAACCUUUUGGAUCAACAUCAGAAAACACUAUCACAUUUGGAGAGAUAAAAACAAGAGCUCAUGAGGCUCCGCCAGCUAUCAAUAAAUAUCCAACAUUCACUACAAAUAGCCUUAGAAGAAGAUCAAAAUCAGUAGCGGAUCUAACUACGGCUGAUAAACACCCAAGCAUCAAUAAAUGUGCACCAUUAAUUGCAAAUAGGUUCAACAAGAACAGGAGACAGUCAAAAUCACAUACAGAUUUAACCACAAUUGAUAGGCAACCAUUCACAAGAAGUCUUAAACCAAUAACUGAAAGAAAAGCUCCAACUGCUGGUCCUCAAAAUAAAGCUUUUCCAAGUACUAGCAGAGUCCCACCUCUUAAAUCUGGUGCAACAAAAACUACUCUGGUGGGCUCCAAAAGACCUGCGGCCAAAAGUGAUGAAGGUGGUCCUAAGGCAAAAGCUGCAAGAAAACUACCAGACUGGGAUUACAAGGGACGAUUUUUGCAGCUUAACGAAAAAUAUGAACAACUUCAAAGUUGCAUGAAAGGCUUGCAGGACAAAGCAAAUCAAUUUGAGAGUACUGAAAAGGAAUAUGAAAAAAUACAAAAAGAACAUGAAAUUGCCAUCAAAAAUAUUGAUUCCCUCAGGAGAGAAAAUGAAAGUAAAACCAGAAAAUGCCAAGAAUUAACAAUUAGCUUAGAUGAACUAAAACCGGCCCAUGAAACUUUAACGAGAAAUUAUAGUUCACUUCAAAAUAAUUUUGAUAAACUAAAUGAGGAAUACAACAAAUAUCAAGAACAAAAUAAAAACCUUUUGGAAAAAUUAAACAAAGAAAAAAAAGAAAACAUAGAACUAAAGGAAGUUAUCACAUUACAAAAAAGUGAUUUGAUUAACUAUCAAACUGAAAGGAGAGUGCUACACAACACCAUCCAAGAUUUGAAAGGCAAUAUCAGAGUCUUCUGCAGGAUCAGACCGCUACUACCUUCAGAGUUGAAACAAAUUCAGUGUAGCAUAGAGUUUAUUAAUGAGAACGGUAUUGAAAUUCGUAAAAACCAAGAAAGCUAUGAUCAAAUCACUGGCAAAUUAAAAGAGACAAAAUCUGAGUUCACCUAUGACAAAGUGUUUGCCCCCCAGAGUUCGCAAGAAGAGGUGUUUGAGGAUCUUGCACAAUUGGUACAGUCUGCUCUUGACGGAUACAAUGUGUGCGUUUUUGCCUAUGGCCAGACUGGGUCAGGUAAGACUUAUACCAUGCAAGGAGGUGGUGGAAUCCAAAAAGGAAUGAUUCCCAGGACAUUUGAUUUAAUUUUCAAAAACAUUGCUGAGCUUCAAAGAAGUGGAUGGUCGUAUACAGUGAAAGCAAGCUUUUUGGAAAUUUACAAUGAAAAUAUAAGAGAUCUGCUCAACACAAAGCAGGGGCAAAAACAUGACAUUUGUUUCAAUGAAGGUGCAGAGACAACAGUAACGAAUUUGUCAAUACAGACAAUUAAUUCGGCAGCUGAAUUAGAACGUUAUAUGGUAUUGGCGCAUAGGAACAGGGCAACAGCAGCUACUGAUUUUAAUGAGCAUAGUAGUCGGUCACAUGCUGUCACGAAGAUUCAUUUAGAAGGAACUUUGGAAGAUCUGGUAUACAAGGGCAGUUUGAAUUUAGUUGAUUUGGCUGGUUCAGAAAACGCUAAGCAAUCAGUAGCAGGCGAGCGACUAACUGAAACCAAAAACAUCAAUAAAAGCUUGGCAACUCUUGGUGAUGUCAUUCAGCAUUUACAUCACAAAUCAAGACAUAUACCUUAUAGGAAUUCAAAACUAACAUAUUUGCUGCAAUCCAGCUUAGGGGGAAACUCUAAAACCUUAAUGAUUGUGAACAUUUCUCCAAUUGAAAGUUGUUUCAUGGAGAGUAUAAACUCUUUGCGUUUUGCUGCUAAAGUGAAACAAGUCAAAAUUGGUAGUAGAAGAAACAAGAUGAAUGUGAGCAGUAUGAAACAGUGAAACAAAAAUUAAUUUUUAACUAGAUGUUAAAUGCCUAUUUAUACAAAAAUGACAUGAUUGAAGUUAUUUAUGUAUGGUAAAUGGUGCUAUCAAUUCUGCCUUCAUGGAUAUAAAAUGGAUUUAAUUUCACUAUCUCAUUCAUCGGCUCAAUUUCAUCACAAGUUAUUCUCCAAAAAACAAACAAUUUUAUCUUUUGUGAGUUAUAUGUUGUAUUUUAGUUUAAAAAUUUUUCUGAGCUUUAAUGUAUAUUUUAUAUGUUUAUAGAGUUUUGCUUUUAAUAUUGUAUUUUAGUUUAAAGACUUCUGAACUUUGAUGUGUAUUUGAUAUGUAUAGAGUUUGGCUUUUAAUGUUCUAUUUUAGUUUAAAGACUUUUCAAAACUGUGAUGUGUAUUUUAUAUGUAUAGAGACAUAGAGACUAGUUAGUAUUUUAAAAUAAACAGAAUUUAUAAAACAUUUCUUCAAUAAUCAAGUAUAAAAAGAAACAAGUACAUACAUAUUUACAACACCAAAAUU